UUCAGUAUACAUGCUCUGUCUGCUGCCCGUAACCUCAUAAUACUUAUGAACGAGAUGGCGGUUAUAGACAGUGCCACCGAAAAUCUUUUCACAACCCGACUGAGCGAGCUGUUGCGACGUGCACGUGAGUGGAAACGGAGCACUUCGAUUGAUCCACCACUGCAAGUAUCGAAUUUGCUUGAUGAGGGUCAGGGUGUCCUAGGUUCGCUACAAGCGGACAAAGAAACAUCUGAGAUAGAGAUCGCAGCCAAGAGCAUAUUCUAUUCCACCCUUGCUUCAUACGACAUUAGCGAUCCGCUUUUUGUAACUGUAUGGGACCUAUUGGAUAUUCUACAAUACUGCAGUGAUAGAGACCUAUGCUCUCAACAACUAGUAUUACUACUGAUUGAGGAGCUAUUCGAUGGUCUAUCGCUGACUGGUUGCCGAUAUGCCUUCACAUUCCUGGAGUCACGGAGAGAAACUCUGAUCACUCCACAAUCGCAGAAUAAGAAUCUGGUCAUCUUGCGUAUAUGUAACGAACUGCUUCGCCGUUUGUCUCGCGCAGAAGAUCCAGUGUUCUGCGGUCGAGUGUACAUUUUUCUCUUCCAGAGUUUCCCGCUAGGUGACAGGAGCUCAGUGAAUUUGAGAGGGAAUUUCCACGUAGAGAACGUCACGACUUUCGAGGAAUAUCUAGGGGAGAUUACUCCGCAUCCCGAAGAUAGCAUGGAGGUUGAUGCUAAAGAGGAGGUUAAUGAGGAUAUACAGGUGGCUGAGAAAGACGGCGUACCAGCAACAAUGGAAGCUGCGAAAGCUAAACCAUCAACCAUGGACAUAAACGCCCUAUAUCCGGUUUUCUGGUCGCUACAGAACUUCUUCUCCGACCCUCCACGCCUUUUUGACACGGAGAAUUUCAAGCGCUUCAAGGAUGGUCUGGAAGCGACGCUGGCCAAGUUCAAGGAGGUUCCAAAGGUUAUUCAGACCGUAGGAUCAGCUCUUCUGACGACUGCACAAGCGCCCUUGGACGGAGACCAUGAUGAAUUCGCUAGUGCUUCGAAUCCGAAAUAUCUAACAAGUCUAGACUUGUUCAAGCUCGAACUCAGCGAUCUUGCUUUUCAAAGGCAUAUCUUGGUGCAAGCGCUGAUCAUGGUUGACUUCCUCUUGACCCUGACGGAGAAAUCCAAGAGUAAGCCUUACUACCAGAGUGCACAAAAGGCAAUGCAGUACUCUUUCACCCUGAACGAAGAAGACACCGAAUGGGCGUUGGGCAUCAAGAUGUCCAUCGCAAAUUACCUGCAGGACGGCCCGGAUGGCAAAUUCUACUACCGGAUGGUGGAUACAGUACUUUCCCGCGAUAAGAAUUGGGUAAGAUGGAAAAUGGCGAAUUGCAAAUCUUUCCAACGCACGAAAGUCCCCACAAAAGACUAUGUAGAUUCAAAAUCCGGGGCACAGAGAGCUGUUGGUAACAAGAAAGCACCGAAGCCUGGAAGAACUUCCUCCAGCCUGCAGUUUCUCUCCAAUACGGACGUUCACAACGGGCUGUCGCCACUACGACAUAACGAGAAGUUUGAAAAGCCAAGUCCUCAAAUCUAUGCAACUCAGAUUCGGACAAUUGAUUUGGACCUUGACAUGGCCGAUUCUGAAGAGGAAAAGCGUAAGCUGCUGGACACCAAAUCGAGCCGGACAUGGCGGGGUCUACGAUUAGCAUCCCAGGGUCAGCUGAAGUCAUUCGACAGUAUUGAACAUGGCAAAGGUCUGGAGAAACUUCCACCGGUCACGUUGUCCACUGAGGCAAUAGGCGACGAGAGGGCACCCACUGCUUCGGAAGACAGGGAUUCUGUUCCGCAAGAACAACAUCCAAGCGUCGAGGAGCAACGGGCCGACCAACAAGAUCAAAUCAUGGCAGAUUCAGCGAUAUAG